CUCCAGCUGCAUCACGAGAUCGCUGCACCGCUCGCCACGUGCUCUCUCUCUCUCUCGCUCGCUCGCUCUCUCUGUCUGUGUCUCACACUCACACUCGCACACACACGCACACACUCAUCCAUUCUGCUGCACUCACCCACACCCUGCAGGCAUCAUGGUGGACGCUUUCGUCGGCACAUGGAACCUGAAGGAGAGCAAGAAUUUCGAUGAGUACAUGAAGGCGCUUGGUGUGGGGUUCGCCACCCGCCAGAUGGGCAGCAUGACAAAGCCCACCACCAUCAUCUCUGUGGACGGUGACACGGUCACCCUGAGGACCCAGAGCACCUUCAAGACCACGGAGAUCAAGUUUAAACUGGGAGAGGAGUUUGACGAGACAACGGCCGACGACAGGAAGGUCAAGUCUACGGUGACGCUCGAUGGCAAUAAGCUGAUCCACAUGCAGAAGUGGGACGGAAAGGAGACGACCCUGGUGAGGGAGGUCAACGGCAGCAGCCUCACGCUGACACUGACGCUGGGCGAUGUGGUGUCCACACGGUCCUACGUGAAGGCGGAAUAGAAGCUGCUCCCACCCCCACCCCCAGCCCAGGGACCCAACGAGGUGCUGCUGCUCCAGAAUGUUGCUAAGCCCCGCGCAACUUUUUACUGUCCCCUGUGUGUGAAAUCUCAAUAAAACGGUACUUUUUGCU